CGGUGCGUAACGGUGCCAAUUUGGACAUUCGUAUGCCCAAUGCGUAAAGGCGCAACUUUGUAUACUAUUAUAAUGCGUUUGGGUGACACAAUGAGGUGACCGAAAGGAGAGCCAAUAUUUGUUUUGUGUCAGCGGGGGAGUGGUGAAUCAGCAGCCCGCAGGAGGUUAAGAGAGCGCGGGGGAAAAGGGUCAUGGGAAGCCGCUGGAGCUACGGAGCGAUGGACCGAUGGGGACUGCUCCGGAACUCACUCCUCCUCUGCGUUUUAACACGCUGUGGUGAUGCUCAGUGUGAGGGCUGUCAGGAGUACUGCUGCACCGGACGACCUCCAUUCUGCUGCUCCUACUACGCCUACGCAGGAGACGUACUCUCUGGCACAGCAAUAAGUGGGAUUGUCUUUGGCGUGGUCUUCCUCAUGGGGGCGGUAGCAGCUCUGUCCCUGUGUUUGUGCGUGUGCAUGAAGGACGGACGAGGAAGUAGAGUUGGGGUCUUUAACUCCAGCUACAUCAGCACGGUGUCGCAAGGGUACCCAGGUCCUCCUCCUCCGUACACCAGCGAGUAUGAGAUGUACUCUCCGAGUUUUAACCCACCUCCCUACACCCCGACUCAGCCACGCCCGGUCCACUACUCCCCACCUCCUCCAUACCCCGGGUCUAAGAACGGCGACAACCAGGACCAAGUCUACAACAUGGCUGAUUAAGGACGCUCUACACCAUGUUUAGUGUUUUCAGAACACGAAAAA